AUGGAGCCUCCGAAGACAGUGGACACCUUCGAGCGGCAGUUCCAUUUCGUUUAUGAAGAGGUGCCCGUGGCCCUCUACCGCUGCACCAAGACCGGUCUGCGGGUUGUAGCGGCGCAGGUGAAGUCGCCCACAGUGCACGGCUACUUCGCGAUUCAGACAGAAGCUUUUGAUGACUACGGCUGUCCACAUACCCUGGAGCACCUGAUCUUCCUGGGCAGUGAGCGGUAUCCUUACAAAG